GUGUGUCUGUUAGUACAGAACACAACACCCACACCGUUGCAUCGUGCAGUCAGGCAGGAUAACUGGACGGAGACUCUGACAUGUCUAUCUUUGUGAUACUGGGACUGCUGGUCUGCAUAGAGGCACAAGAGCCCAGAGCUGAGACUCCUGUGUUUGUGAAGAAGGGAGAGGACGUUUUUCUGAAUGUCACAAUAGCUAAUGUUACUGAUGCAGAUUUAGUUAUCUGGAAAUUCAAUAAAACUGUUAAUUUAGUACGAUUUGCUGCUGGUGCAAAUCCAACAGUCUAUAAUGGUUACUCUGGAAGGAUUGAGGUGCUUGAGAAAUACUCUGUGAAACUGAAGAAUCUACAAGAGGCAGACAGUGGAGUUUAUACUGCAGUACUGUCUGGGAGUGAAGACAAACAAAUAACUGGAUACAAGAUCACAGUCCAAGUGUCUCCAGUUAUUCUGUCAGUGGACUCUGUGUCCAGCAGCUCAGUCUGGUGUAACCUGACAGUGAGCUGCAGAGCACAGGACUCUCACAUUAACAGCACCUUUAGAUGUGACACCCACACCUGCAGUCAGGAGGGAGGAGAGAGACAACAGGUCACACCCUCUGCUUCUGCUCUCCAUGUCUACUUGUCCAAUGGCUCCAUCAUCUGUAACCAUAGCAACCAGGUCAGCUGGACAAAGGGCAUGAAAACAAUUAAAAAUGUCUGCCGACAUGAUGGUCCAGAGAGUGUCUCUGCUGGUAUCUCUGUGUGCCUGCUGAAGACAGCCGUGUUGUCCAUCGCUCUGAUCAUCAUGGUAGCUGCUGUCAUCACUGUUCACCUCAUGGAGAAGCUCAAGAAGAACAAAUAAAAAUUAAAGGUUAAAGUAGGUGGCAGUAACACACCAGGAAAUACACCAACAAAGCCAGAAUACAUGGACAUAAACAAUAUAGGAUUUAAAAAAUAUUUGUACAAAAUCUGGUGAAAAUGUAUUUCAACUCAUUUGUAAAGCUUAAAUGAUACUUUUAACACAGUUUUGCAAGUAUAACAUCAUGUAAAUAUUGUUUUUUUU